AUGAUAUCACGUACUGGGGCUUUUAAGAAUUUGAUAUCAAAAAUAGAUGUAACCAAAACUAUCGGGGAUCAAUCUGUUCCUAGAAUUCCACGUGUGGAGAACCCAAUUGGUCAUAAUCAUUUUCAAUCUAUAAGUGAGCACUCGAGAAUCGAAAUAUUGUCGGCCAUAAGAUCUUUGCAAGCAUAUUCUGCUAAUACAAAGAAUGUGAACGAUCGGAGAAAGAGAUUAUUCAAGAUGAUGACAUGGAGACAACAAAAACUAUGUGAAGAUGUAGGGUACUUGAAGAAAUUGACGAAAAUCGAACAGUCAAUAAGCUAUAAUCAAAAAAUAUUAUCAGCCAUUGCAGAUGGAGCAGUUAAAAAGUUUGGUAUAUCGUAUGAAGAUUUUGAUUUAUUGAAAGGAUCAAACAGUAGCAAUACAUCAUCUACCAAUUACAGGGUAAUUGAAGCGUUAGGACACUACAUAAGAGACUGGAGUCCUGAUGGGGAAGCCGAGUUGAAGCCUAUGAUGGAUUUUAUAAAUGAGCAAUUGAAUCAUGUAAUCCCGGUGCAGGAAAGAUCAAAGACUUGCAUCAUAAUACCAGGCUCAGGACUAGGAAGAAUAGCCCAUGAAAUUGCAAAUAUAGGCUCUGAAAACGAAACCAGAUAUGGUGCAGUUCAUGCGAUAGAAUACAGUGGAUUGAUGCAUUUAUGCAAUGAAUUUAUUUAUUCAUUAGAAAAUGAAGAAAAGGAUUAUGAUCUAUUUCCGUAUAUCCAUUCUUGUUCGAACUUCAUUGACAGCACAUCUCAAUUUAGAUCAUCUAUGGUACAUAGUGGCCAAGCCAAACCGGAAAAUUUAGCAUUAAACCACGAAGACUUCCGUUAUUUUGAGGUUCCAAAUAAAUCACAAUUUGAAAAUAUUGUCGUUGUUUCAGCAUUCUUCAUUGACACUGCAGAAAAUUUGGUUAGUUAUUUAGAUACCAUUCAGGAAUUAACAACACCAAAUAGAAAGAAUAAAAUCAAAAAUGGCUAUUGGAUAAAUAUAGGUCCCUUGAAAUAUGGCACUGCUGCUCAAGUAGAGUUAAAUUCUGACGAAUUGAAAAAGAUUCGCAAAGCAAUGGGCUGGAAAGAUAUAAAAUCCGCUAAUAGUCUUGCUGGCUCUGAUAAUCAGCUAGUUGGUUAUAUGACGGAUAAACAGAGUAUGUGGCAAGGAUAUUAUGGGUUGACCAUGUGGAAUGCAGCGAGGAAGGAGAAUUCUAGAAAGUGA